AUGAUCAGCUCGGUGUGUGUCUCCUCCUACCGCGGGCGCAAGUCGGGGAACAAGCCUCCGUCCAAAACAUGUCUGAAGGAGGAGAUGGCCAAGGGCGAGGCGUCGGAGAAGAUCAUCAUCAACGUGGGCGGCACGCGACAUGAGACCUACCGUAGCACCCUGCGCACCCUACCGGGCACCCGCCUCGCCUGGCUGGCCGAUCCCGACGGCGGGGGCCGGCCCGAGUCCGAUGGCGGUGGUGCAGGCAGCAGCGGCGGCGGGGGCUGUGAGUUCUUCUUCGACCGGCACCCGGGCGUCUUUGCUUACGUGCUCAACUACUACCGCACAGGCAAGCUGCAUUGCCCCGCCGACGUGUGCGGCCCCCUCUUCGAGGAGGAGCUCACCUUCUGGGGCAUCGACGAGACCGACGUGGAGCCCUGCUGCUGGAUGACAUACCGGCAGCACCGCGACGCCGAGGAGGCGCUCGACAUCUUCGAGAGCCCGGACGGAGGCGGUGGGGGCGCGGGGCCCGACGAGGCCGGCGACGACGAGCGGGAGCUGGCCCUGCAGCGCCUGGGGCCCCACGAAGGAGGCGCGGGCCCUGGCGCGGGGCCCGGGGGCUGCCGCGGCUGGCAGCCCCGCAUGUGGGCGCUCUUCGAGGAUCCCUACUCCUCCCGGGCGGCCAGGGUGGUGGCCUUCGCCUCUCUCUUCUUCAUCCUGGUGUCCAUCACCACCUUCUGUCUGGAGACCCACGAGGCUUUCAACAUCGACCGCAACGUGACGGAGAUUCACCGGGUGGGGAAUACUACCAGCGUGCGCUUCCGGCGCGAGGUGGAGACGGAGCCCAUCCUGACCUACAUCGAGGGCGUGUGUGUGCUGUGGUUCACGCUGGAAUUCCUGGUGCGCAUCGUGUGCUGCCCGGACACGCUGGACUUCGUCAAGAACCUGCUCAACAUCAUCGACUUCGUGGCCAUCCUGCCCUUCUACCUGGAGGUGGGACUGAGUGGCCUGUCAUCCAAGGCGGCCCGCGACGUGCUGGGCUUCUUGCGUGUGGUGCGCUUCGUGCGCAUCCUACGCAUCUUCAAGCUCACGCGCCACUUUGUGGGGCUGCGCGUGCUGGGCCACACCCUGCGCGCCAGCACCAACGAGUUCCUGCUGCUCAUCAUCUUCCUGGCCCUGGGCGUGCUUAUCUUCGCCACCAUGAUCUACUACGCGGAGCGCAUCGGCGCCAGGCCCUCCGACCCGCGGGGCAAUGACCACACCGACUUCAAGAAUAUCCCCAUCGGCUUCUGGUGGGCCGUCGUCACCAUGACAACACUGGGCUACGGGGACAUGUACCCCAAGACGUGGUCCGGCAUGCUGGUGGGGGCGCUGUGUGCUCUGGCCGGCGUGCUCACCAUUGCCAUGCCCGUGCCUGUUAUUGUCAACAACUUCGGCAUGUACUACUCUCUGGCCAUGGCCAAGCAGAAGCUGCCCAAGAAACGGAAGAAGCAUGUACCUCGGCCACCCCAGCUGGAGUCGCCCAUUUAUUGCAAGUCACAGGAGACCUCACCCAGGGACAGCACCUACAGUGAUGCCAGCCCCCCUGCCCCAGAAGAGGGUGUGGUUGAGAGGAAACGGGCAGAUUCCAAGCAGAACGGCGAUGCCAGUGCGGUGCUGUCGGACGAGGAGGGAGCCGGCCUCACCCAGCCCCUGGCCUCCGCCCCCACCCCUGAGGAGCGCAGGGCCCUGCGCCGCUCCGGCACCCGAGACAGAAACAAGAAGGCAGCUGCCUGCUUCCUGCUCAGCGCUGGGGACUAUGCCUGCGCCGAUGGUAGUGUCCGCAAAGAGACCUGCCAAGACGCCCUCUCGUCCAACUAUGCCCAGGCCGAAGUCCUCACCCUCUCUUAA